CCAUCCAUCUUGUAUUUGACGUCAUCCCGUUCCAGGGAUGAGGUCAUCGCUUAGAGAGCGCGUCACGUGCGCCGCGCCCCGAUUGGCUGCUCCGCGUCCUGUGGGCGUUCAUGCAGGAAAUGGCGGACUGUAUCUCUAAAAGGAACAGACACCCAGCUUUCCUCUGAACUCGCCACAGCUAGGGGGAAACCCGAGGGAACAAAGUGUUUUUGAGCAUGAAGGCAGAGAGAGGAGGAGGAGGAGAAGGAGGAGGAGGAGGAGGCAGGUAGAUCAGGUGAGACCCAGGUGAGGUUUGUUACCAGUGUCUCUGUACUCGUCUGUGAGCAGGUCGAGAGCUGCAGCUCAUGAUGGUGUAAUAUGGUUCUGAUGUACGGACUCUGCUCUGGAGGCCCAAAAUGCUGUGGAUGUUCUGGACAGUGCUGCUGCUUCCCGCCUUCACCACAGGACACGACACACUGCAUGAAGGAUACACCAUCUCACUGUCAGGGUACCAUGUGUGUCCCGGGAUCGAGCUCAUUCCCAUGACGACCGUGAUCUCCCAUAAUAGUGCUUACACCCAGAUGGUGCCGUGUGGCGGUUGGCUGCCGUGGAAAAUGUGUAACGUCACACGCUACAGAGCCAUGUACGAGACUCAGGUCAUCCCCUUGGAGAAACCGGUGAUGAAGUGCUGCGAAGGCUUCGAGCAAGUGGGCAGUUACUGUGCUCUGGCCCUGAACAGGAGCUCAGAGUUCAUGGCUAAACCUGGAGUUUGUCCUGCACAUACUGUCUCAGCUUCAGGCUCACUGUGUCUCAGGGACUGGGACUGUCCCCACUUUCAGAAAUGCUGCCAAACAGGAAACCAGAGCCUGUGUGUGGAGCCUCAAAGCCACGUGAACAUGACCUCAUGGCUGAACGUGACAGUAACGGUGAAAGCAGCGUUCAGAUUGGUCAACACGAGCAGUGGAAUCUUCAACCACACACGCCUGCUGCACUCUGUGGUGACAGGAGCUCUGAGCUCUCUGCACGUCUCAGUGUAUCACAUGCACUCGUGGUCUUCAGGACGGUUCAGUACGUCCUCCUGCCUGCUGCUUGGCUCGUCUCAGCUCCUGUCCUUAAGCAGCAUCUCUGACACACUUCUGCUCCUGCUGGAGAACAUAGAGGAGGUGACGGCUGUGGACGUCAGGGAUGUGGAUGAGUGUGCCACGCCCGUGCUGAGAGAGUGCUCUCCCCUUGCCCACUGCACUAACACUCUGGGUUCCCAUAAUUGCACGUGUGCUGAUGGAUCUGUGGAUGUUCAGCCCAACAGGCCAGGAACACAGUGUACAAACACAUCCUUUUCCUCCUCCUCCUCCUCCUCCUCCUCCAGUUCAGGCUCAUUGGAUUGGAAUAUAAUCAGCUUUGGGCCUCUGAGAAAACGUCCUCAGCAAAUUAUCUCCAGUACUUUGUCCACUACUACAUCCAGUACACCAACUUCUUCAUCCUCCACUUCCUUCACUUUUCCACCACCAGUUUCUCCAUGCAGCUCUAAUUCCAGCUCGAUUCCUGAGCUCAGUAUUCCAAAUAUCACCAACCUCUGGGCCAAAAAUGUCACCAGCUCCUCCUUCCAGCUCUUGUGGAACAUUCCUUCUCAGAUCAACCUCACGUCAAAGCUCAUGCUCUUCCACGGGACUCACCAGCUGGGCACCUGGGAAACGGCACUCUCUGAUUGGACAUGGACCAACCUUCAGCCUGGGGUUCUGUACACCGCUCAUGUAGCCCUGUGUAUGUGUGGUUACUGUGGGAAUGCCACUAAGCUGAAGGUAAAGACAGACGCACAGAUUCUCGAAGCUGUUGUCCGAAUAACCAACAUCAACUUCACCGUGGCUCUGCAGAACCCAGACAGCGAAGAGUACAAGAUGUUUAGUGAAAGAGUCAGGAAUGAGACUCUUCACUCUCUCCCUCGCUGGAUCCUGGACUUGGUACAUUCUGGGCAGGUGUUAGUGUUAAUCACUCAUCUGUCUCCAGGCAGCGUUGUGGUCACCUUCACCCUCGUGUUCCUUCCCAACAGCACGCAGGACAUCUACAGCAUCGCCAGUAUUCUGAUGGAGUCCCUGCAGAACAGCUCAUACUUCACCCUUGACAGAUACUUCACCAAGAUCACAGAUGUAAAUGAGUGUGCUCUGGGCGAGGUCGACUGUUCCCCGUGGGCCAAAUGUGAAGACACCUUCGGUUCCUACACCUGUGUGUGCCACUAUGGUUACAGUGAUGCAAACCCCGAAAGGCCGGGACGCACCUGCCAAGACAACAACAUGACAGCUUCCAGUUCUUCUCCAAGUCCGUCUACCAUGACCAUCUCUACAAAUGUCACUAUGAGCACUCUCACACAAACGCCAAUUACAGCCCAGAUCACAUCAUCCUCAACCACAACAUCCUCCUCCUCCUCCUCCUCCUCCUCACCAUCAUCAUCCCCAAACUCCAUAAAUGUAACGACAGCAGCAGAGCAGUCUGAUAACAAAGCCACAGAACUGACACACACAUCAUCCACCACUUCUUCUACAUCCACCAGUCACAUCACUGAAACCACAGCAACAAAAGCUUUAACCUUCACAUCCCACACAACAGCCUCAACCUCCCACACCUCCACAUCCAUCACGAAUGAAACAAGCCUCAUCGCGGUGGAGUGUGGUCCUGGGUUCAUGGUCAUAUCCGUGUCGCAAAUUUUCCUGGAUUUGAAGCACAUCUCUGAGUCCUCGCUGUACCUGGGGGAGCCCAGCUGUAACCUGACUCAGAGGAACAUCACCCACGUUAAGCUCUUCGUGGCCUGGGGAAUGUGUGGAACUCAACUGCGGCAAAACAGCCAGAACAGCACAGUGCAGGUGACCCUCUACAACACAGACAUGCGGCUCCAGGUUCCUGUCAUCUGCACCUACAUCAACAGCUUUAUCAUCUCCGCAGGAUACAGCGCCUCCGGGUACGACAUGAUUAACAAUGUGGUGGAGGGGUCUGGGAUGUACCAGGUGACGGUGCGAUUGCUGAAUGGAACUAACCCUCUGCCUCAGAACUACACCCUGUCGCCUGAAGAUGAGGUCAUCAUUGAGGUGGGGCUGAACUCCAACAUGUCGCAGAUUAAAGUGGUCAUUAAUAAAUGCUGGGCUCAUCCCAGCAACAACGCCACUGAGCCACCUGACAUCAUCUUCCUCACAAACAGUUGUCCCGUCACAGACAAAUACACCAAGGUGCUGCAGAACGGUGAAUCCACUCACUCUCUGUUGGCUGUAAAUCUUUUCCAUCUGGUGGAUUUCGAUGUCAUUUACAUUCACUGUCAGAUUCAGAUCUGCAUUGAGACGUCCACAGCCACGUGUCGCCCUGACUGUAACCCGACUUCCGUCCUGGCGAGAACCUCCAGAGGAGCUAACGUGAUUGGGAUGGCUAAAGCCUCAUACGGUCCUCUACUGAGGUCACAUCAGGUCACCCUGGAGGAUACAGUGUGGAACAUGCGCACUCUCGGCUUCAUCCUCCUGGCGUUGGGGGUGUGUGUGUUGGCGUUCGGAGCCAUGGCUGUGGUUUUGUUCUGCAGACGCAGGAUGGGAAACUACAACUUCCAGUUCAAACCACGUGAAGAGAACUUCACCUACCAUGUCUUCGACACCUGAACACGUGAACACCUUGAGUCCUGUGCUCAGUCCAUCACUGCCCUUUAUUUACUCAGCUUCUAGAAAUUGUGAGAAGGCUGUAGCCUGCUGCUGCGUGAUAGUCCUGAGGAAUAUUACUGUUACUCUUGCUGAGCAUCAUCGUCAUCCUCAUCCUCAUCAUCAUCAUCAUCAUCAUCAUCAUCAUCAUCAUCAUGUAGAACAUCUCUUCAUCACCUCGGAUCUCCUCUGAAUGUUCAUCAGGUUUAACUGCAUUACAGUGUAAAUUUAUAGUAUCUAUAACAUUCUAUGUUUAAAAAAAAAAAAGCAAUAUAUUAAUACAAAUUCAUUACUAAAAAAUUUAUUAUGAUGAUUAUAUUAAUUCAUUAAUAGAGUUAUAUUUUGUGUACUAAUUCUUCAGAGUUGAAUAGU